CUGCUCUGCCAUUCCAGAGUAUAAAAUACUCGUGACUGGGAGCCGUGAUAGAGGAGUGGGCAAACAAACGUUGCUUCGCAAAUUCUGGAGACUCCGAAACGAUGUUCGCGGGUGCUACAACUUCCCAUAUUGCGAUUAUAAACCCGAGUCGUCUGAUUCCUACAAUGAGUGUAACCUACACCCUGCAAUCAUGAUCGAUGGCGAGGCUGCCAGACUACUUGUCUACACUACGAUGUUCUCUUCGGAUCAUAACAACAUGCCUAGGCUCGCCAAGGGUUCGGAUGGCUUCCUCAUCUUGUAUUCCAUCACCGAUCGCGCCACUUUCGACCAUGCUCAUAUCCUCCAUAAAGAGAUUGUCGAUGCUAAAGGUCCGGGCUGGACGCAAAACAUCAUACUUGUCGCAAACAAGUGUGACGAUGUGUUUCAGCGCCGGGUGGGUAUGACGGAAGGACGCGAGCUCUCGUUGGAGCUUGGCUGCAAAUUUAUGGAGUGCUCUGCGAAGCAAGGUGAUCAUGUCACCGACGUUAUGGAAAACCUUGUCCGCGAGAUACGAAAAAACAAAGUGCGCGACAUUGUUGGGUCUCCCGUACCGACUCACGUUUCUUCUCAAACAGCAUGCUAACCGUCCCAAACCUGCAAAAACCAGCGAUGACGAGGAUAGCCAUGGUGGAUGUUGCAGUGGUUGCCUCAUUGCAUGAUCACAGACCUGCAUAGUAUGCCAUUAAUGCCUUUGAUCUCAUAUCAUCUCAGCGUACCUCUUCUACGCUUCGCAAUAAGACAUCGCGUCUGUACAAUAACUCAACCCCAAGUACUGUACCAAUAAGUCGGUAUUUCCCGGUAACUCUCUUUUAGGCGGACGUUCCUUCUGGCCACCGUG